GUUGUGAGUCUGAGAGACACGUGAGACGCUGCUACGUCAUCAAAGGCACGCGCAGCAAACAUGGCGGCGGCGGUGGUUGUGAGCGGGAAGAUUAUAUAUGAACAGGAAGGGGUGUAUAUUCAUUCAUCUUUUGGAAAGACCAGUGACCAAGACAGCUUGAUUUCAGGAAUAUUACGUGUUUUAGAAAAGGAUGCUGAAGUAAUAGUGGACUGGAGACCAUUGGAUGAUGCAUUAGAUUCUUCUAGUAUUCUGUAUGCUGGAAAGGACUCCAGUUCAGUCGUGGAAUGGACCCAGGCCCCAAAAGAAAGAGCUCAUCGAGGACUGGAACAUCUGAACAGUUACGAAGCAGAGUGGGACAUGGUUAAUACAAUUUCAUUUAAAAAGAAACCACAUACCAAUGGAGAUGCUCCAAGUCAUAGAAAUGGGAAAAGCAAAUGGUCAUUCCUGUUCAGUUUGACAGACCUGAAAUCAAUCAAGCAAAACAAAGAGGGUAUGGGCUGGUCGUAUUUGGUAUUCUGUCUAAAGGAUGACGUCGUUCUCCCUGCUCUGCACUUUCAUCAAGGAGAUAGCAAACUACUGAUUGACUCUCUUGAAAAAUAUGUGGUAUUGUGUGAAUCUCCGCAAGACAAAAGAACACUUCUUGUGAAUUGUCAGAAUAAGAGUCUUUCACAGUCUUUUGAAAAUCUUCUUGAUGAACCAGCAUAUGGUAUAAUACAAGCAGGACUGUUAGAGAGAAGAAAGCUGUUGUGGGCCGUCCAUCAGUGGAAAAAGAUUAAAAAGGACCCUUAUACAGCCACUAUGGUAGGAUUUUCCAAAGUCACAAACUACAUUUUUGAUAGUUUAAGAGGCAGCGAUCCUUCUGCACAUCAACGACCACCUUCAGAGAUGGCAGAUUUUCUUAGUGAUGCUAUUCCAGGUUUAAAGAUAAAUCAGCAAGAAGAACCAGGAUUUGAAGUCAUCACAAGAAUUGAUUUGGGCGAACGACCUGUUGUUCAAAGGAGAGAGCCAGUAUCAUUGGAAGAAUGGACUAAGAAUAUUGAUUCUGAAGGAAGAAUUUUAAAUGUGGAUAAUAUGAAGCAGAUGAUAUUUAGAGGGGGACUUAGUCAUGUGUUGAGAAAACAAGCAUGGAAAUUUCUUCUGGGUUAUUUUCCUUGGGACAGUACCAAAGAGGAAAGAACUCAAUUACAAAAACAAAAAACUGAUGAAUACUUCAGAAUGAAACUACAGUGGAAAUCUGUCAGCGAGGAACAAGAGAAGAGAAAUUCGAGGUUAAGAGAUUAUAGAAGUCUUAUUGAAAAAGAUGUUAACAGAACAGAUCGAACAAACAAGUUUUAUGAAGGCCAAGAUAAUCCAGGGUUGAUUUUGCUUCAUGACAUUUUGAUGACCUACUGUAUGUAUGAUUUUGAUUUAGGAUAUGUGCAAGGAAUGAGUGACUUACUGUCCCCUCUUUUAUAUGUGAUGGAAAAUGAAGUAGAUGCCUUUUGGUGCUUUGCCUCCUACAUGGACCAAAUGCAUCAAAAUUUUGAAGAACAAAUGCAAGGCAUGAAGACCCAGCUAAUUCAGCUAAGUACCUUACUUCGAUUGUUGGACAGUGGAUUUUGCAGUUACUUAGAAUCCCAGGACUCUGGAUACCUUUAUUUUUGCUUCAGAUGGCUUUUAAUCAGAUUUAAAAGGGAAUUUAGUUUUCUAGAUAUUCUUCGAUUAUGGGAGGUAAUGUGGACUGAACUACCAUGUAAAAAUUUCCAUCUUCUUCUCUGUUGUGCUAUUCUGGAAUCAGAAAAGCAGCAAAUAAUGGAAAAGCAUUAUGGCUUUAAUGAAAUACUUAAGCAUAUCAAUGAAUUGUCCAUGAAAAUUGAUGUGGAAGAUGUACUAUGCAAGGCAGAAGCAAUUUCUCUACAGAUGGUAAAAUGCAAGGAGUUGCCACAAGCAGUUUGUGAGAUCCUGGGGCUGCAGGACAGUGAAGUUACAACACCAGAUUCAGACAAUGGUGAAGAUGAAAAUGUUGGCAUGACUAGUUGUCCGACAUCUGCAUUUCAGAGUAACUCCUUGCCUGUACUUGCUGCCAGUGGAGCCAGAGAUGACAACCCGGCAGAGAUAUCCAUGUCCCCAAAUGUCAGCAGAGUAACACCUGCAUGAUCAUUCUUCUUGCUUUUUGAAGAGACACUUCAUUGCAACUUCUUUUCAAGUACUGGAAAGGUGGAAAUUUAAAAUCUUGGUAUUGAUCAUGCUUUAAGGUUUAUGGAAAGAAAGUGUACUGAUGUUCUUGCAUUAAAGCUUUAUGAAGAUUUAAACUAAUUAUUUUUGUAGUUACUUCUACCAAAUAGCCUUUCCUUUUCAAUAACAUUCCUUAGUAUUUUUAUAGCUAAGUACAUUUUAUUUUCUCGCUGAUGAACUGGAAUUGGAUAAAUAUUACAAGUGGAUGAGUUGGAAAUUGUGCACUUUGAAAACAUUCACUUUGUUUACUCCAAGUUCAGUGGGUUUGGAUUUGAUUAAAUGUUGAGCCUUUCUAUAGCAUUCUAAGUUGAGAAGUAGAUUGUUACCCAGUGAUGAAAUAAAAGAAUUUGUUUUUCUCUUUUGUUUACAACAAUACAGCUUAAAUAUUUAUGCUGGUUGAAUGUGAUAUGAAUUGGACAUUUUCAUCAAUGCAGUUUAAUGUGUAGAUAAAGAGCUAUUUCAACCAUAAGAAGUGGAUUGGCAGUAUAUUUUUACAUUGAAUUUUUCUUCACUUGUAUAUAAAGACUGUAUAAGUACUUAUUUAUGAGUAUAAGAAAGGAUAGGCAUAUUUUCUUUAACUGAAUAAACUUGACUAUUGAUUUAUAUAACCUGAUUUCACAAAGUUAAUACAUAGCUUCAAUAUGAGAUCUUUUUCAAAACUAUUUUCUUAACCAAACAUUUAUUUCACGAGACUACAUCCAACCCUGUAUCUGGUAUAAUUUUCAAGUUAAUUGCUUGUAGUCUCACUUUACUAGUAAUGUUUACUAUCUUUCCUAAUAAUGUAUUAACUGAUUAAUCAGGUCUUUAAAUUUUUAUGAAAUACUCUUUACCAAAAGCUUAUGUCAAAAAUUUCAAUAUACUAUCACAAGUCUCAAAAUAAUACUUUUUUGUAUAUGAAUGAAGCUGUUGUUUUUACCAUGCAGUGUUGCAUGAUAUUAAGUUAUGUGUAAUUAACAUAACUGAUUCCAUUUUAAUUGUAAUUUGUUAAAUUCUGUACAUAUCAUUAAAAUCAAUUUGAAGUUGAA